AUGGCGAUGACAGUGCACGGCCUUGCUGGGUUGGCUUUUAUGUUUUCGGCUAGCAUUUUGCUACAGAUUCUGGCAUGUGCAAUAUACAACAAUUGGUGGCCCAUGUUAUCAGCUUUGAUGUAUGUGCUGGUGCCUAUGCCUUGCUUAUUCUUUGGAGGCGGGUCUACUCAUUUUAUGAUGAGUCGUGAAGGUGGGGGUUGGAUGGAUGCUGCAAAGUUUUUGACUGGAGCAUCAGCUAUGGGGAGCAUAGCCAUUCCUAUAAUCCUUAAGCAUGCUCACAUGAUUGAGACUGGGGCAAUGCUCAUCGAGCUUGUAUCGUUCUUCAUAUUUAUAUGUACAGUUAUGUGUUUCCACCAAGCGAGCCUCGACGAUGAUUGGUAA